GCGUUGUUUGCAUCACCAGGCAAAAUCUAUAACUUCUUCCUUCAUCCAGCCUCUCACCACCAAAGCCAGACCCUGAAGACAUCUCCAGCAGCCUUUUGCGACCAUAUUACACCCGAAAUUCCCAAAAGCCUCUUCUCAAAAUGCUCUUCUCCACUGCCCUCCUCUCUCUCUGCGCCUUUGCCGCCGCCGCUCCCCUCACGCCUUCUGCCGUGAAGACAGCCGUGAGCCCUGACGGCUACACCUACAUCGUCGAAUCCGAGGCCUACGUCGCGGACACUUUCACCAAUAGCGACGGACGGAACGUCACCGUUCUCGUUCACCCUGCCCUCAAGCGCUCCAUCGACAUGGACGCCUCCGGGCAAUCCCUCAACCCCGGCACCCUCACCAAGCGUCUUGACUGGAACGACGGCGCUCAGUACGCCGACUCCUGUGGCGCCUCGAGCUACAUCAGAAAGACAUCGGGCAACUCGCCCCUCGUCUCCGACUGCGCCUCCAUUCGCGACUACUAUGCAGGGCACCAGGGCCGCUAUGUCGCGUACUGGUCCGACCGGGCGUUCAACAGUGGCUAUUGCCGUCUGGUCAUUACGAACACGUGUGUGUUUGGUGUCAAGAGCAGCAGCAUUUAUCCUGUCCAUGUCGGAAGCAGAGACAUUUCUGAUCUUACCAGAGACUCGAUCGACAAGUUCCAGAGCAACAGGCGGGUGGGUGCUGAGGGACACAUGAACUGCAAUGGUGACCAGCCUACUAGCGUGGAUUGGGCUAUUUUCGCCAACUAAGUUUGGGGGAUGUGAUGGAGGAGAUUCGGGUGGAUUUCCCCUCGCAAGGUAGAUGGAUUUAAGGCAUAGACCCGGCUUGAGUCGGGGAUGUUGGAGGGGGAAAAUGAACAUGGGGUGUGCCACUGGACUUGUGCCGUUCAACACGCGUGCAGACAGGGUUGGAAUCAUGUCAUGGGAUGAGUCACGAGGCGAAGGUUGAGAGUGUGACCUAGCAUUGGCCAAGCUACGUCGACACUGAGUUUUUCUUCACACCUGUAUGUGAUGGGAUGAACCGGUUGUGG